UGGACCCAUUACUCUCAUCCUCUUUCCCCGCUUUCUCUCCUUCCUUUUUGGCUGCCUUUGUUUUUUCGACUUUGGAAAACAUCCGAUAUAAAGAGACUCUUGUAUCGAUCCAUUUAGGCUUGAGGGAGGUGUUUGGGUAAGUGGGUUGAUUUGGAAAUGGGGGACGAGAAGAAGGAGAGUUUGGGAACUAGUGGGUGUGUGUUAGUCCAGGACAUGGGUGAAAGAGGGAAGAACAAGCUCCCGAACUUUCUUUUAUCUGUUAGACUCAAGUAUGUGAAGCUUGGGUACCAUUAUUUGAUCUCCCAUGGCAUGUACCUCUUGCUCGUGCCCCUGCUUGGCGUUGCUGCUGCUCAUCUUUCCACUCUCACCAUCAAAGAUUUUGUCCAACUAUGGAACCACCUCAAGUUCAAUCUUGUCACCGUCAUUCUCUGUUCAGCUCUUAUGGUUUUCCUGGCAACCCUUUACUUCAUGAGUCGUCCAAGGAAGGUCUACUUAGUGGACUUCGCCUGUUACAAGCCUGAAAAGGCUCGUAUGUGCACUAGGGAGAUCUUCAUGGAGAGAUCAGUGCUUACUGGGACCUUCUCCGAAGAGAACUUGGCCUUUCAGAAGAAAAUCCUGGAGAGGUCAGGGUUGGGUCAGAACACAUACUUGCCAGAAGCCGUGUUGCGGGUUCCUCCAAACCCGUGUAUGGCGGAGGCGAGGAAGGAGGCCGAGCUAGUGAUGUUUGGAGCCAUCGAUCAGCUCUUGGCAAAGACCGGGGUGAAGGCUAAAGAUAUAGGAAUACUUGUGGUGAAUUGCAGUCUGUUCAACCCGACGCCAUCCCUCUCUGCCAUGAUUGUGAACCACUACAAGCUUAGAGGCAAUAUUAUGAGCUACAAUCUCGGUGGAAUGGGUUGCAGUGCUGGGCUCAUAUCUAUAGACCUUGCCAAACAAAUGCUACAGGUUCAUCCCAACUCGUAUGCUCUAGUAGUGAGCAUGGAGAACAUUACCCUCAACUGGUACUUUGGCAACAACCGCUCCAUGCUCGUCUCCAACUGCCUCUUUCGCAUGGGGGGAGCAGCCAUCCUCCUAUCCAACCGAUCAUCUGACCGCCGGCGUUCAAAGUAUCAGCUCAUCCACACCGUCCGCACCCACAAGGGUGCGGAUGACAGAUGUUACAACUGUGUGUUCCAGGAAGAGGAUGAGACCAAGACAAUUGGUGUCGCCCUCUCCAAAGACCUAAUGGCCGUGGCUGGAGAAGCCUUGAAGACAAACAUCACCACGCUCGGGCCAUUAGUACUUCCAAUGUCAGAGCAACUCCUAUUCUUUUUGACUUUGGUAGGUCGAAAGAUCUUUAAGAUGAAGAUAAAGCCAUAUAUUCCAGAUUUUAAGCUGGCUUUCGAGCACUUCUGCAUUCAUGCUGGAGGGAGAGCUGUGUUGGAUGAGCUAGAGAAGAACCUUGAUCUCAGUGAGUGGCAUAUGGAGCCUUCAAGGAUGACUCUCUAUAGGUUUGGGAACACUUCCAGUAGUUCUUUGUGGUAUGAACUGGCGUACACAGAAGCUAAAGGGAGGAUCAGAAAGGGUGAUCGGACAUGGCAGAUUGCAUUUGGAUCUGGGUUCAAGUGUAACAGUGCGGUCUGGCGUGCCAUCAGGACCAUUGAUCCCGUGAAGGAGAAGAACCCUUGGAUGGACGAGAUUGAUGAGUUCCCAGUCCAUGUUCCUAAAGUGGCAUCCAUUGUUACUUGAUUUUUGUUUUGGUGAUUGGGAUUUGGGAGGGAAAAUUUGUGUUUACUAUGGGGUAUCAUAUAGAAGAUUAUUUAUUACCGUGUGAUGUCAGGUUUCAUGUACAACCCGUAUAAAGCCAUAUAAAUUAUGGCCCUUAACUAGCUUAUGCUGAUAGAUUCAUUGCAAUUAAUAAUUUAAUACACACCCAGUGUUGCCUGAUCAAA